AUGUACUACAGGGGAUAUUACGAGAUAUUCUGUGACGGAGGGUGGCUAGACCAACUCGAAGUGUUGCACAAGAAGUAUGGACCCGUCGUCAGAGUCACUCCGGACGAGCUACACUUCAGUGAUCCCGGUGCCUACGAUGAUAUCUAUGUUACUUCAAAGAUACUCAAGGAUCCCACCUGGUACCUUACUACUUCGCCAGCUCCAGGGUCGGUAUUUGGCGAAAUCGAUCCGAAAGAAGCUGCCAAGAGGCGAUUUAAGCUUGGUUCGUAUCUUUCUCGACAAACAGUCCUACGACUAGAGGACCGUGUUCAAGCAAAGGUGAACAAACUCAUCAAGACACUAUUAACAUACCAAACCCCGCCGAAUAUACACUACGCCUAUCGAGCUGCAACCUUCGACAUCAUCUCAUCAUACGUUUUCGCCCAAGAAACGAACGCACUCGACACUCCAGACUUCAGACACCAAUUCCUAACCGCCUUGGACGGAAUAUUCCUCGCCGUGUGGAUUCUCAAAUAUCUCCCCUUCCGUCCAGACCGCCUUCCCGAAUGGAUCUCUCGGAGGAUCGCCCCAGUGACGAUACCAUUACUGGAAGAACGGCAGUAUAUUGCGAAGAAAAUCGAUGAAUUAGCGAUGAAAGGCUGUGACCUGGAGGAUAAAAAUAAAAAAGCAGUUUUUGAUAUGUUUGUCAGGGAUUCCUCGGACUCGGGACUCCCGAGAUGGAAGCUCAUCGACGAAGGUGCUGCUUUCCAUAUUGCUGCGACUGACACGACAGCGAACGCAUGUAUGAUUGGGACAUUCCAUCUAUUGACAAACCCGGACGUUCUGAGUAAGUUGAGGAAAGAGCUGGAUGAGGCUUGGAAGGACGUCAAACAGGAUAUGAAGUAUGAGCAGCUAGAGGAAUUGCCGUAUCUCGGCGCUGUUAUCAGAGAAUCUUUGCGACUAUCUUGCGGGACAUCUACCCCCACGCCCCGCUUGGUUGGAGAGAAGGAGGUGACGAUUACAGGUCGUACGGUACCUCCAGGCACCAUCGUUACUUGUGCAUCGUACAUAGUCCACUCAAACCCGUUCCUGUUCCCCGACCCACACAAAUUCAUUCCAGAACGCUGGUUAGGCGAGAAUUCGCACCAGUUAGGAAAACAUCUCGUGGCGUUUUCAAAAGGACCACGGACUUGUUUAGGUAUCAACUUGGCUUGGUGCGAGAUGUAUCUUAUUCUUGCUAAUGUUUUCCGCAAGUUGGAUCUCGAGGCUCAUGAAGCGACACCGGAAAACAUGCGCUUCAGGGAUUAUAUCCUCCCUCUCUUCCAUCACCACCUUCAUGUGCGGGUGAACGACCCCAGGUCGUAA